AUGUUCUCAAAGACUCCCAAAGUCAACGAGCGCGAGAGUGCGACGAGCAGCAGUUCUCAUGCUGCAGUUGACCGCAAUGGAGCUUCCCCGCCAGCGCAAAGGGAGUCACACGACCGACUACCACCACUUGAUCGCACACUAUCGCGAUUAACCACUGCUUCGACCGUUGAGUACCGCGUCUACAAACGUCGCUGGCUUGGACUGGUUCAACUCGCUCUGCUCAACAUCGUCAUUUCAUGGGACUGGAUUACCUUUGCGGCAGUGUCGUCCUCCGCAGCGACGUACUUUAGCACCAGCGAAACCAACAUCAAUUGGGCUUCUACUGCAUUCUUGUUCGCUUUCGUGGUCGCGACACCGUUCACAUCCUGGACGCUUCAUCGACAUGGCCCGAAAUUGUCUAUUAUGGCCGCGGCAGUCCUCACCCUUGUCGGCAACGGCAUCAAAUAUGGUGGCACAGCCUCCCACCAACUCGGCGUUAUGAUGCUGGGGCAAAUGGUGAUCGGUGUUGCGCAGCCCUUCGCCCUUUCCUCAGCCACAUCGUACUCCAACCUCUGGUUCACUCCAUCCGGACAACAACCCCACCACAUCUCCCGCCUAGUCGGCUUCGUCGCCAUCAUCUCCGCCUCCGUUUCCGCGUUCUCACUCUUCGUGCCCGGCCAACCACCAACACCACCCUCCGCCGCCUCCGCCUCCACCUCGCACAUCACAGGCCCCUACCCGAACGAGGACAGCAACGGCAAUCCACUUAACUCAAAGUCUUCGUUACUCAAAGACCUCCACACCCUAACCCACUCCCUCGAAUUCUACCUCAUCUUCCUCCCCUUCACGGUCUACGUCGGCUUUUUCAAUGCCUUCUCCUCGCUCAUCAACCAGAUCCUCGAACCCUACUCCUUCUCCGAAGACAACGCCGGCAUCGCGGGCGCGAUCCUCAUCGUUGUCGGCCUGCUCACUGCUGCCGUCUCUUCGCCCAUCAUCGACCGUACACACGCUUACCUCACAAUGAUCCGCAUUUGCGUGCCGUUGAUUGCGAUUGCGUACGUGGUGCUCAUCUUCGCGCCGCCGACGAAGAGUCUAGCGUUUGUGUUCGUGGUGUGCGCUGCGCUUGGAGCAGCGAGCUUUGGGCUGGUGCCUGUGGCGCUGGAGUUCUUGGUGGAGAUGCACUACCCGUUGGGACCGGAGUUGGGGAGUAGUCUGUGUUGGUGUGGCGGGCAAUUGUUGGGUGGCAUUUUCAUUGUCAUUAUGGAUAAAUUAAAGGGUGGCAUAGGGGGGCCAGAGGACAACAUGCAGCGGGCAUUGAUCUUUCAGGCUGUGAUUGCUGUGGCAGUGGCGCCGUUGCCGGUAUGUCUGGGCUUGUUUGGGCGCGGGGACAAGGUCAGGAGAAGGAGGUGGGAAGUUGAUCGCGAAGGGGCGGGUAGUGGUGAGGUGCGGGUCGAGGAUGGAGAGGAGGAUCAGGAGAGGUUGAGAGGGAGUGGGAGUUUGAGGAUCUGA